AUGGGUGGGGAAGCCAUGUUAAAACCAGUUGCAGGUGCAGUGGGUGGGACCCCUAACCCUCAACCCUGUCCAAAAACCACCAUGACCACCAAACCUCAUCUUUAUCCUCCCUCUUCUUCCUCUCUCAAACUUUCUGUAUCAUCCAAUUCCCCUGCACCCUUUGGAAAAUCUUCUGCUAAGUGUUCUUACGUUGGUGAAUCAAGCACAAACAAACUGGGUUCUGUUGAAGGAAGAGAAGAUAAAAGAGCAAGUGGGUCUAAAUAUGAACAUGUUUUUUGGGCUGUUCCAUCUAGAUCUGAAGUGGAAAAAGCCCUGUCUGAUCUUCUAAGGUUUCAGCGGAUGUUGAACCAUCAUGAUCCAAGAAUGUUGCAGUCUCCUGGAUAUGGAAGAAUUCAUGAUGCUUUUCAUAUGCUGCAAACAGACCCAUCAGUUCAGAAAAUGGUCAUCUCAAUAUCAAGUGAUAAAGCUGUAUGGGAUGCCAUCAUGAAAAACAAGGCAAUUCAGGAUAUCCAGGGCUUAUUGCGCGCAGGUUUACAUGGAACUGCAUCUUUUCCUGCUUUCACUUUUUCGUUGAACUUUAAGAAUUGA